AAUUGGUCAUUAGGCUUCGCUUGUGUGCUUUUGCAAGGCAUCGAAUUAGGGUUUGCCAUUGCCUCGCUCACACAUAAUAUAGACAAUAUAUAACAACCCGCAACCGAUUGUCCUUCAUAAAGUCGCCUCUUUCGGUUCCUAAAGCAAUCGCCUCUCCGAUCGCCGAUCGCCGAUCGUCGCGUACAAGAUGUCGAGGCAGAGCAGUUACAAGCAGCAGCAUGACCUCGAGAAGAGGAAAGCUGAAUCUAUGAGGAUUAAGGAGAAGUACCCCGGUAGAGUGCCGGUAAUUGUUGAAAAAGCAGAGAGAAGUGAUGUGCCAAGCAUUGACAAGAAAAAGUAUUUGGUCCCAGUGGAUACUACCCUUGGGCAAUUUGUAUACGUCAUUCGAAAGAGAAUAAAUUUAAGUUCUGAGAAGGCCAUAUUCAUGUUCGUGGACAAUGUGCUUCCACAGAUCGGAGCUCUGAUUGGGCAACUCUACGAUGAGAAGAAAGAUGAAGAUGGAUUCCUUUACUUUGUCUACAGUGGAGAGAACACCUUUGGCUCUCUGAAAACACUGACUUAACUAAGCCUUAUGUGCUGCCGAUCAUCAGCAUACUGUACAUAAUGGCAUGAAGCAAGCUUUAGCAAUAACGUAGAACCUUGGAUUUCUUUCUACUUUUCUUUUGGAGAUGGGUUUCUCCGUGUAUUCUAUUGUGGCAAUAAAUAAGGCUUCCACUCAAGCUAGGAUGAGAGUAAAUAACACUUAAAAAUAAAUUAAAUUAAAUUAAGCAGUCUUUUCAAUAGUUUAA